GGGCGAGGAGUGAUGGAUGUGGGCGGUGGCCAGUGAAAGACCGUGGCUUGGGAGAAGCGCGCUGCGAUUGGCCGCGGCUGGAACGAUCUGGGGCGGGAGCGGGACGCGGCGCGUGUGAGGGCGCGGGAGAGGCGGCGCCGUGUCCGAGCGGGGCCCGGGCUGAGCCGGACGAGGCUGCGCGGCCGCUUCCUGGGGCGCCGGUGGCUUGUGCCUGCCCUCCCUCGGGCUCCUGCCCGUGUCCGCUGGUGCCUCACCCCGCCCUUCUCCGCUGGGGCCAUGGCGGCAGCCGCCGGCCCCACGCAGCUGCUGCAGGUGUGCGGGCAGCGGCUCGACCGCUUCAUCCAGGACGCGCAGCGCAAGCGGCUGGCCUGGCUGCGGGAGGCGGAGGAGCAGGGCCUGCGGCUGCUCCACAGCAACUUCGGGGCCGAGCCCGAGCUGAUGCCCAAGACGCCGUCGCAGCGGCGGCGCCCCAGGAAGCGGCAGUCGGCCUGCCUGCGGGACGGCCCCCGGGAGCCCGGCAGGAGGAGGUUGUCCAGAAGGCGGAGCAGCCUCAAGCCAGUGUCUUCCAAGCCUGGUUCCCAGAGGCGCCACAGCAAAGAGCAGCCCCAGAACCGCGGCUGGCAGGGGGAGCAGGCGCCCGUGCCCGGCGGUGCGGUGGGUUCUCAGGCUGGUGCUAGAACCGAGCUCCCGGCACCGCCUGGGGAAUGUCCUGCAGAGGCAGGAGCUGCCGUGGCCGGGAUGGGGUGUCAGGACGGCCCUUGGGGCACCAGCAGCAGCGGUGCCGUGGGGGAUGCAGCCAUGGAGCCGCACGAUGCGUGUGCUGUCGCCGUGCUCCCAGCUGGCCAGACAGAGAGGGACCAGGAGGUCCCGGAAAGGAGAGCAGGUACCUCCCCGCCCAGGGCUGCUGUAAAUGGAGAUCCCGCCGUGCUCCCAGGAGAUCAGUCUCCUCCAGGCCUCGAGAAGCUGCUUCUCCAGGACUCAGACAGCGAAAUUCCUACAGCAAGAUCCAGACCGCAGUGUCGCUCUGGGCGCCGAAGCUCGGUGGGCGUCCCCCACAAGAGCCGCAGGGCGUCCUUGGCAGUCAGAUCCUCCCUGGCCAGGAGAAGGGAGAGCGUGGCCCGCAGGUCCGUCGGCAGGGCCUGCUCGAGGAAGGCAGCGGCAGGAGCGUCACCCUCUGCCUGCAGAGUGAGCCGUCAAAGCUCCUUGGAGGUUUUUGUGGAAGAAGACGUGACCAGCAGCACAAGGCCUGGAGAGGAGCUGAGUCCCGCAAGUGAAAAGGCCCCCGGAGUCAUCCUCGUUCCCAGCAGAGGUGCGGAAGCUGCCAGCCCUCCUGUGGAGCGCUCGCCCCCUCCGGAGCAGCAGGCGGGGAACAGCGAAGGAACCCCUCUAAGUCCAAACAGCGAAGGCCAGAACAAGAACCGGGAACAAACCCCUUGUGCCAAGGCCCAGAAGAAUCCCUCGCUUGUCUGGGUGAGGAGCUGUAAACAAGCGAUGGGCGCCCUAUGGAGUGGGCAGCAGGCAGGGGGUCAGACCCUUUCCCCUUCAGAUGACAAGCAGAUGAAUUCAGAGAACCGGAUUCCACCUUCUUCCUCUUCUGCUAGCAAGGUUGUCAGACCGCUGAAAACCUUCCUGCAGGCUGUGCAGCGGAACCAGCUGCUCACGAGCCCGGGGCCCACAGGACACGGGGGUGUCAUAAAGAGCCUCAUCAAGUGCAGCACUCCCACCCGGCCCAAUCUGAAGGGAGACUUUGUUGAGAGGGAGCGUCAGAGGCUGGAAAGCCUCAGGAAGAAGCAGGAGGCUGAGGAGCAGAGGAGAAAGAAAGUGGAGGAGGAGAAGAGGCGGCGGCAGGCGGAAAUGAACCAGAAGAGGGAGGAGCGCCUGAGGAAGGCACUGCAGGCCCGGGAGCGGGUGGAACAGAUGGAAGAGGAGAAGAAAAAGCGGAUGGAGCAGAAGAUUCUACAGAACGAUGAGAAGGUGCGGGAGGAGAAGGUGGCAGAGGAGCGGAGCAAGAAAAAACUGUCCAAGAAGCAGGGGGAAGCUGAUGCGUGGAAGCAGAAGGUGCUGAGGGCGGGGGAAGAUGAAUUUGAGCAACAAGAGCCGCUGCAGAACAGGAGAGAGGAUGAAGGGAAAGAAAAAGGAAAGAAAGUCUUGGAGCUGAAAAAUCUUGUAGAGCAGCAACAGACGGAACACAUGGGGGAGAGGGAUCGCAGACAGCAAGGGAAAGAGAAGACCCCCCAACCACAGCCGGUGUCUGCAGCCUUCGCUGAAAAAAACGUCAAGGAGGCAGGGAGCCCCAGAGAGCUGCGCCAGCUGCCGGGGCAGGAGAGGAGAGCCCAGCACCCGGAAUCCAUUGCUGUGGCCUCUAAUCCCUGGCUCAGGGCGGUGAAGGAGAAAGAUGGUCUGCGGGAGCCCCAGCAGCAGCCGGCAGAGAAGAAAACCAAGCCGGCAGAGGCACUGGCUGCCGCCCCUGGCACAUGGCUCAGCAAAACUGUGAAGAAAUCCAGCUCCACGUCCCAGCUGCAGCCCCUCAAGGCCAUGCAGGGAUCCAGAGCCCUGACAGCCAACAAAAACAACUACGGGAUGGACCUGAGAAGCGAUGACUCCACUGAUGACGAGAAUGAGCCUCGGAAGCCUGUCCCUGCCUGGGCUGUUGGGGCUCAGCUUCAACAAGCCGUGUCGCACCAAUACCAUCACCCCGUGAAUCUCCAGCGGCUCUUUGGGCUCGUUACGAGCCCCAGGCUGGAGAACAUCUUUGGCAAGAGGAAGCCUCGGUACUUCAAGCGCACGAGCUCAGCGGUUUGGCAUUCCCCGCCUGUGCCCAAGUGCACCCGUUGCCCAUGUUGCAACUUCAUAAAGUGAGAACAUAAUGAAAUGCGUUUUAUACAAUACGGUGUAUCAGGUUUUUCUUAGCAUACAGCAGAUUUGUGAUUUUAAGCAUUUAUUUAAAAAUAAAUAUGUUUAAUAAAGCCA